AACUAUUUACAAUAUGAUUACUUUAAUACGAAAAAAAUACUUCAGUGUGGAAAUCUAACAUAACGUAUUUUACGCAUUUCAUAUAUAAAUUCAGUUGUAGAGUUGAUGCCUGUGGUUAAUUAAAAAGUAGGCUGUGUAGAAUGUUUAUUGAUUAUUGUUAAUGGUAGCAUGGUAAGAGACCAGAAUAAUUUUAUGAUUUAUUAUAUUACAAGUGAUAUUUUACUAUUCAAGUUACAACAUUACUUAAUGCAAUAAAUACUUUCGUGAGUUGCUUGUUAGGCCCGCGAGUUAACUUGCGCAGUUGCCAAAUGUGUUUUGACAUUUUGACUCAACGCCACAAAUUACUUGUUCUCGAUUUUGCUAAAUAUUACGUGUGCAUGCUGUGAUCGGUGGUGUAGCUUAGUUUUUAACAGUUUUAAGUUUUACACUCUUUUAAAAAUCGUACGAUUUUUACAUUUUGAAACAGGAAAUGGCCGUGGAAAGUUUUGAACAGAACUGCUUGUUCGGCAGACGGAACAGAUUACUUCGCAGAUCGUUGUGUAUGUGGAGUGUAAUUUCCAGCAAUCUAUAAACUGGCUGUUCAUACGUAAAUAAUUUCUUGUAACAAGUUCUGAUUUACGCCUCACACACACGCAAGCAGUAUAGAGAAGUGACUAGCGGUGUGGUGAUGGUGACGCAGUACAACUCGGGGAGCUGUAGCCUUCCGCGCGGAGAAUUUAAUUUUGAGAAAUAGUUCCUACACUCUUCCAUGUCCAAGUAGCCUUUGUUAUAAAGUUUACUGUAAGUGAUUGGUUUACAGUAUCACGUGUGAAAGUGAACUGGAGGGGCGUGCGAUAUGAGGUAGCGAGUGCAUUGUUGAAGAGAUGGGGAUUUUUGUUGUUAUUGUUGCGGAUGAAUAUGUAGACUUUUUUCUCCUAACCUCCUUUCGCGCUAUUGAAGUAGAUAUGCGAAAUAAUGGUGAGUGAUGGAAAGUGUCUGUUUUAUUUCGAACGGUUACUACAUUUCGGAUUAAGUUAUUCGUGGCACAUGUGGUUAAUGCAGUGAUGGGAAGAUUAUGGAUUACAGUGCAUUGGUUCUCCAAGAGUUUCGGUGUAACGUAAAAGCGUGCUGGAUGUGUUUGCGGUGGCGGGGUGUUGGCAGCGAGGAAGGUACUGCCUAACAUGGCUGCAACGCAAGCUGAAAACCAACAAAAUGAGUUGAAUCGUGACCAAGUUCAGCAAGACCAGCCACCAGACUUGGGUAAUACAGUGUUACAAAAUGGGACAGAAAAGAAUGGUGCUCGGGGAAUUCUAGGAUCUGAUAAUAUCGUGAAUACGAAAACGAAGUCGCCAGGUCAAAAUAGUCUCGCUGUGGAGAUGAGUCAAUAUCGGCAGGAGUCGGGCGCGGGUCCGCCAAUACACAAUAAUUCCGGGAACAGUGAGCAAAACGUUAACAGUGCGGGCAUAGACGGUAGUAAGCUUAACACCGACGGCAAGUCGUUUAGCCAGAACUCCGAGCAGGGGGCAGGAAGUGACCAGAAUUAUGGCAAGGGUGCGGACGGUAGCGGACAAAACAUGCAUGGUUUCAGUUUAGGAUUUAGUGCUAGGGGAAACUAUCACCCGGACCACGGGCCGGGGAAUCCUGUACAAAAUAGUGCUGAUAGUAAUUUGCAUCAAAAUCACCCGUUUAGUCAGUUUAGUCCGCAGACCAUGAGACACGGCUUCCCCAGUUCGAAACCGAUGCCAGGCAGCCAGAUGGUACCUCCAAGGCCGCCUAGUGGCAACCAAAACAUGAACGCUCCGGGCGGCGGGUUCUCGCCGCACGUACAGCAGCCGAGGUUCCUGUCCGGCCAGAGCAUUUCGCAACAGACGGGCCCCACUCCCACGCUGAACCAGUUGUUGCAGUCCCCCAACCCGGUCCACCGGUAUCAGAACAGCUGCGGGGACUUCGGCAUGCAGAAGGCUGAGCAAGGCUCCGGGAGCAUCCCCUACAACCAGUCGUGGCCGCCCCAACGGGCGAUGGCCCCGUACGGGCCCCAGCAGGUCGCCCCGGGAUACAGGAGUCAACCGCCGGGCGGAGUGGCGCGGGGCGGGCAGUCCCCCUACCUGGGCGGGCAGGCGGCGGCUCCCGGGUCGGGGGGCUUCCCCCAGCAGCCGCCCCCGCAGCAGUACCCCUCGUCGUACCCGCAGCAGCGGUACCCGGGCGCGCCCGGCGCGGCGGGCAGGGCCUUCUCCCCGCACCAGCUGGGCUCGCCGUACGGCCAGCAGCCCGGGGGCGGCGUGUACGGCGGCGGCGAGCAGCGAGGCUCCUGGGGACAGCAGCAGCAGCAACAACAGCAGCAGCAACAGCCGCCACCGCAGCAGCAGCAGCAGCAGCAGCAGCCGCCUGCUCCGCAGCCGUCGCCGCAGCCCCAGCCGCCGCCGUCGCCGCAGCAGACACCCCCGCAGCAGCAGCAGCAGCAGCAGGCUUUCCCCAGUCGUCCGCAGCAGCCAUCCACCCCUAACACCCACGCCCCGGAUCCAGGGGACCUGACGGGGCAGAACAGCAACGACAGCUCGAGCGGGCCGGCGCCCGGGACACCCAACUCCCAGGGACUGCGCCCCACGCCCUCGCCCACGGGCUCCAACGGCUCUCGAUCCAUGUCGCCGGCCGUCGGCCAGCAGAACAUUCCGAUGCCCCCGCGGCCGUCGAGCGGGCAGUCUGACGGGGGUGGGCCCGCGCGCAUGAGCCACUCGCCCAUGGGCGCGCAGGGUGCCUACCAGCAGCCGCUUGCGCCGCCGCCCCACAUGCACGGCUACAAGAUGGCCGCCCACCCCGGCAUGGUGCCCCCCGCGGGCCAGCAGAUGCCCCCCUUCGCGCCCCAGGGCCAGCCCUACUCCCAAGGGAGCUACGCGCCGCGGCCGCAGGGGCAGCUGGGCGCCGUGCAGUACGGCCACGCGCAGGGCUACGCCCCGGGGCCCGGGGCGGGGCAGAGCCCCCAGGCCAACAGCAUGGGCCCGGCGGGCCAGUACCCCAGCCGCCCCAUCCCGAACCACGUGUCGCACUCGCAGUUCGCCGGCUACCAGGCGUGGGGCGGCCCGGGGAUGGGGCAGGCGCCCCCCGGCCCGGCCAUGAUGGGCGCGAAGGCCCCCGGCAUGCAGCCCGGCGUCGCGCCGCCGGCGACCAACACCCCGGGACCUCGCCCUCACACCCCGCCCCACUACCUCAAGCACCACCUGCAGCAGAAGAUGGGGUUCGGGGUGUCUGGAGGCGGCGCGGUGGGCUACAGCAGCGGGCCGGGGCCGGGCCCCGGGAACGGGCCGGGCAUGGGCCCGCCGGCGGUGGGCAUGCACCACCACGCGGGGGGCAUGGGGCCCCCGCCCCCCACCAGCAGCAUGGGGCCCCCGGUGACGGCGGCCGCCCCCCAGCUGCCCAACAGCCAUGGUCAGGAGGAGCCCAUGCCCCCGCCCUCGGCGGCCGAGCUGGGCGCUGACGAGCCCGUCGUCACCACCGCCGCCUCCGCCCCUGUCGCAGGCACCGCAACGAACGUGGCCCCUUCCGCCCCGGGCAGCGUGACGUCGGUGGUGACCACGGGGCCCGACGGCGCGCCCAUCGACGAGGUCUCCCAGCAGUCCACGCUGUCCAACGCCUCCGCAGCGUCCGGGGAGGACCCCAGCUGCACGCCCAAGUCGCGCAAGGACGGCGGCGCGGUGGGCGGCUACCACAGCCACCCGGCGACCCCUCAGAGCACGGUGGCCUCUCCCGGCGCGGCCAGCAUGACGUCCGUGCACGAGGACUACGGCGAGGUGAACAGCCCCAGCUGGCCGCGCACGCCCGCCAGCCCGGUGUUUAACAGCCAUGUGCACCAAGACCCAUACCGAGCCAAGAAGCCCGACAGCCUGGGGAAGCUGUACGACAUGGACGACAGCCACGAGCGCCGCGCCUGGCUCGACAAGCUGCUGCAGUUCAUGGACGAGCGCGGCACGCCCAUCUCCGCCUGCCCCACCAUCUCCAAGAACCCCCUCGACCUCUUUCGACUGUACCUGUACGUCAAGGAGAGAGGGGGAUUCAUGGAGGUAUGCAAGGUGACCAAGAACAAGACGUGGAAGGACAUCGCGGGCCUGCUGGGCAUCGGGGCGUCGUCCAGCGCCGCCUACACGCUCCGCAAGCACUACACCAAGAACCUGCUGGCCUACGAGUGCCACUUCGACCGGGGCGGCAUCGACCCGCAGCCGAUCAUCAACCAGGUGGAGGCCACUUCGAAAAAGAAAGGCUCGUCCAACUCGCAGGACUCGUUCCCCGCGGCCGGCUCCAGCGGGGCGUCCAUGGACGGCUACGGCUACGGCUACCCCGCGGGUGGCACCCCGGACUACGGCUCGCCGCCCACCAUGCAGCGCCCCGCCGCGCAGACCAACGCCCCGUCUCCGCACUCGGGCAUGCAGCCAGGGUACCAGGGCCAAGGCAGCUACUCGCAGUACCAGGACCAGUACGGCGGCCAGUACCCGCCCUCCCGGCCCAUGUACCCCCCGUACUCCGCCGACGGCGACAGGGGGUACAGCCAGGGGCCGGCCAGCGCCCCGCCCGCCGGCUCCGUCCCGCCCGCCGCCGCCCAGGACUACGGCCGCUACCUGGGGCCCGGCCAGCCGCCCGGCUACCCCGCCCCCCGCCCCGGCUACGGGGCGCCCCCCGCGCCCCCCGCCGCGGGAGCCCCCGCCGCUCCCCAGCCCGAGUACUACCGCCAGGACCAGAUGUCGGCACAGUUGGUUAGUUUCUCGACCUCGCAGCUUGCUCGCCAGCUAGUGGCCCCCCAAAGCCCUGCCAAACCACCUUACCACCAAGGCGGAGCCGCCGGGACCAACCCCCCGGGCCAGAUGUACCCCGCCACGUCGCCCAGCAAGACCAUGCCCCCUCCCGCCCCACAGCCCCGGAGACACCCGGACUUCGCCAAGGAUCAGCCGCCCUACUCCCCCUACUCGCAGCAGCGGCCGGCCGUGUACGGCUGGUCCAACAACAGCCAGUACCGGGGCCAGUACCCGGGCCCGGUGCCCCAGGGCCCCGCGGGGCCGGCGCCCCAGGGCCCACAGCCGUGGCCCCAGGGGCCGUCACGCCCCGCCGGGCCGGCCGCCUCGCAGCCCGGGGGCCAGCCGUGGGACCAGCACCGCUACCCGCCCGGAUCCCAGCCCCCACAGCAGUCGCAGCAGCAGUGGAUGUCCAACAUGCCGUCUCCGGGAGUGGGGCAGAGCUCCCCCCUGCGGCCACCCGUGGGGCCUCGCGCCCCCUUCAGGCCCGAGGGGAAGCCCUUCCCCAUGCCUGCGCCCCCGGGAGCCAAAGGCCCAGCCGCGAGCGCCCCGAGCGCCCCCUACCCCGCGCCGGCCCCCCCGAAGAGGGAGAUCGUGUUUCCACCCGACAGCGUGGAGGCCACGGCGCCCGUGCUGUACAAGCGCAAGCGCAUGGCGCGGACGGACGUGGCCCCCGUCGACGCCUGGCGCCUCAUGAUGAGCCUGCGCUCGGGGCUGCUGGCCGAGACCUCAUGGGCCCUGGACGUGCUCAACGUCCUGCUGUUCGACGACUCGACGGUGGCCUACUUCGGCCUGGCGCACCUGCCCGGCCUGCUGGACGUGCUGCUGGAGCACUUCCGCCGCAGCCUGGCCGACAUGUUGGACCGCCCGCCGGCGCCGGCCGGCCCCGGGGGCGAGUGGUACCGCCCCCCGCGCCCCGAGGCGCCCGAGGUCGACCUGGGCGGCGUGACCCGGCCCGUGGACCCGGGAGACCGGGCGCUGCUGCUGGAGUCUCUCCCCGACUACACGCUGGUCUCCCGGAGGGGCCGCCCCGUCAGGGUGGUGCCUCGCGAGGGCGACAUCUUCGUGCUGGACGACCGCAAGAGCUGGGACGUGCACGGGGACGUGGCUGAGGACGAGCCGGACGCCAGCUCCACGCGCUACAUCGUGUCGUGCUUCCAGGGCGAGUUCGGCAGCGUGCCGUUCGCGAGGCUGCUGCCCGACGGGCGGGCGGGGGGGAAGGAGGCUCGCGACCAGCAGAACAGGACUAAGACGCCGAGUGACGUGCUGCCGCGGAUAAAAAAGGAACCUUCGGACGUCGACGCCGCGAGGGAAGUUCGGGGGAAAGUUGAGAGGUUAGAAAGUGUCGUGCAACUCAAGAAGGAAAAAACUGAAGAGUGCGAGGAGGAAGAGGAAUGUUUCGCCAAAACUGUUCAGCCCGUCCCCAAAGCCGAGUCGAACGCGAGGGGCACGUUCGCGGAUAUAGGCUUCAGGAAGGACGGCGAAGAAAGCGAUCUCUCGCGUGACAGCAACGCGUGUACCAAAAUCGAUGUCAUCGAACCGGAAGCGAAAGAGCUCGCGGAGGACGCGGAUGGCGGGUCCCCCGCGGCGGCCGUGAUCGCGGAAGACGGCUCGCGGAUCAAGAUCUGCGACCCGGCGGGGACCCUGAAGCGCAGGCGGAUGUCUGACUACGAGGACGAGUGCUACACGCGCGACGAGGCCAGCCUGUACCUGGUGACGGAGACCCAGGACGCCGUCGCCCGGCGCUGCAUCUGCCUUUCGAACGUGCUGCGCAACCUGACGUUCGUGCCGGGCAACGAGGCGGAGUUCGCCAAGAACGUGACGUUCCUGGGCCUGCUGGGCCGGCUGCUGCUGCUGCACCACGAGCACCCCGCGCGCACGCACAAGCAGCGCAACUACGACCGCGACGACGACGCGGACUGCGCGGACUCGUGCAGCAGCCUGCAGGGCGAGGGGGAGUGGUGGUGGGAGUCCCUGCAGGCGGUGCGCGAGAACGUGCUGGUGAGCGCGGCCAACAUCGCGGGCCACGUGGACCUGGGGCGGCAUGCGGAGGAGGUGGCGCGGCCCGUGCUGGACGGGCUGCUGCACUGGGCCGUGUGUCCCGCCGCGCACGGCCAGGACCCCCUCCCCUCGGCCGCGCCCUCCUCGCCCCUCUCCCCGCAGCGCCUGGCGCUCGAGGCGCUCUGCAAGCUGUGCGUGACCGACGCCAACGUGGACCUGGUGCUGGCCACGCCGCCACGCUCGCGCCUGGAGCGCCUGUGCGCCGUGCUGACGCGCCUGCUGUGCCGCGGCGAGGACCAGGUGCUGCGCGAGUUCGCCGUCAACCUGCUGCACUACCUGGCGGCGGCGGACGGCGCCAUGGCGCGCACGGUGGCGCAGCACAGCCCGUGCGUGUCGCUGCUGGUGGCCUUCAUCGAGCAGGCGGAGUCGAGCGCGCUGGGCGUGGCGGGCCAGCACGGCAUGGCGGCGCUGCGCGACAACCCCGACGCCAUGGGCACCAGCCCCGACAUGCUGCGCCGCGCCGCCGGCACGCUGCUGCACCUGGCGCGGCACCCGGACAACCGCCCGCUGUUCCUGCAGCAGGAGCAGCGGCUACUGGCCCUCGUCAUGAGCCAGAUCCUGGACCAGCAGGUGGCGAGCGUGCUGGCCCGCGUGCUCUUCCAGUGCUCCCGCCACGCGUAGCUGUACCGUUUUGUAACACCCGAGUGAGUGAAUCAUUGUAUUUAUUGAUUUGACCCGCGAGCUGGCGUUCUGUCUCGGCCGGCUCCCGCCCCCCCCCCCCCCCCUGAAACCUUGCCCUUAGGUCCCCGUGCUCCUCGGUUCAUGUUUGGUAUUUACUUGUGCAAAUGCUUUAUAUAUGUCUGAAUACUGAAAAUCAGAAAUAAAUGUACAUAAGAAGUAAAAUUACA